AGAGCAUUAAAUAAUCUUCUUGUCUUGCCUGUAAAUUUCACUUAGAUCUUGUCUAUUUUGUAAAUAAUAUAAGCUUAAAGUAUUAAUCAUUCUCUUUUUUCAUCAUGUCAGAACUAGCCGUUGGUUUGGAGACUUUGGACGCCAACUCCAAAAAGGAAAUGAUGCAGUGGUUAGAAGCUGAAAGAUCCAAAUCAAAAGUUCAAUCUGCAAUUCAUAAUUUUACUGAUAUGUGUUUUAAAAAAUGCAUUUUUAAAAUUGAUUCUGGUGAAUUAUCCUCAAAUGAAGAAAGUUGCUUAAAUGGCUGCUUGAACAGAUUCUUAGAUACUAAUAUUAAAAUUGUCAAGGGUCUUCAAAGUAUUCAAAAAUAAGCUUUGCUUUGAUUUACUUUAAAAUGUCUUAUAUUUUUCAUUAAUAUAUACUAUAGAAAGUUUUGUAAAUAAUUAUAAUAAUAAUUUAUUCAUUUAUCAAUCACAAAAUCUUCAUGG